AUGGCAUCAGAGACGCUAUGUAAAGUGGGAGAUGGGGAGGAGGCCAUGCUGAAGAAGGAAACCCUCAACGUUCUGAAUUCACUCAAUCAAAUGUCGAAGCCCUUUCCAAACCCCAAGUCUAUGAACAGGACCGUCACUACCAAAGGACUCCCACUUACUACAAGGGGCAGUUUGGUUAACUUCUUGCAGGAAGAUGCCAUCAAUCUACCGAAGCCGAUGCCAGUGGAGGACUCUGAAUGCAGCUCUGACGACACCAGCAUUUCCCCCAUCUCAUCCACCUUGCUGAAUCCCAUCAAACUGGCUGUGACCCAGCCCAACAGCAGCUUCUUUGCAGGAAUGCUAGAGGGCGAGCUGAACAAACUCAGCUUCUCCUCAAUUGGCAAGGAUACAGAAAAGAAGGACCUGGCCCUCUGCCCCCACCAAUCCAAGUCUCAAAUGGCCCCUGGGGGCCUGCUGGACCUUGACAACCCUGAACUGGACACAGACACCUCGUCGACACCCUCAGAGUCCUCUGUGGUCAUGGAUGUGCCGGAGGCACCCUUCAUCUGUGAACACACAGUCAGCGAUUCCACGGCUGUGAUUUCCUGGACGUAUGCCCUGGGCAAGCAGCAGGUCAGUUUCUACCAGGUCCUGUUGCAGGAAGUGGCCAAAACAAAUGAUAAUGAGCCACCCAAGGCAAAGAAUCGCCCAUGGAUCUUCAACAAGAUCUUGGGCACCACCGUCAAGCUGAUGGAGCUGAAGCCUAACACGAGUUACUGUCUCACCGUCCGUGCAGCUAACACAGCUGGGGUGGGGAAGUGGUGCAAGCCCUACAAAUUUGCAACCGUGGCCACUGACUUGAACAGCUUCCCUGAGAAUAACCCCAUCCAGAUUACUGUGCAGCGCAAGGAACCCCAGAGGAAAACGGUGUCCAUCGGGCUAGAGGAUAUGCGGAAGCUCGAAGAUCUGGAAUACCUAUUUCCCUACUAAAGCGGGCCCAAGGAAGUCCCUUACCUACCUUCAGCUUCAGCCCAGGGCUCUCAGGAACAGAACUGUGAAAUGGACCACCAGCACUAUGCCAGGGAAUUGCUGAUCACCCUGCCCAGGGCCUGGUGCAGUGGUCCCCAAACUCCACUUCUGGGUUGGGGCUGAGGCUAGACAGGAGCCCCAUUCACCUGGAGACGCCACAGGCCAGGCCAGGUCUGCCACUGCCCGCAGCUGCUAGGCAUCCCCCUCCCCAGAUUCGGGCUGGGUCCAGAUCCCUUAUUA